AUGCAUCGUUUGCGUACUUUCAGAAAGGCGAAGGAAGAGGACGAAUCCAUUCCUCCGGUGCCGACACCACCUUCCAAUCACAAGGGUUUCAAAUGGGGAAAGAACUCGUCUCCUCCACCAAAACAGCAACCGGAGCUGGACCUUCAACAUGUGCUACCUCCUACAGAUGACUUUAGGACUUCCUUGUUGAUGCCCAAUCUUGCACAACGGUUCAGCAUUCUCCAGAUGGAGCAGGCAGCUGCGGCCGCGGCCGCGGCAGCAGCAGCGGCUGGGAAGGUCAAUGGAGAGGGUCCUGUUACGACUGGUGUAGUUGAGGGAAAGGAUGGGCCUGCAUAUGCGUCUCCUGCUUUUACUCCAUUAGGGGAUAUCGCAGAGACCUCGUCGGUCACUGGGUCUACUAUUGGCGCCACCCGACAGAAUCGCCUGACUACGAAGUCCGAAGAGUCGUCUAAUUCGGAGCAAGAUGGGUCAAUAAUGAACCGCUCGAGAGGUGGUGAAGGGAAUGUGCUCUUUGGCGGGAGACAGAAAAUUUAUCGCGUACCGACUGGGGUAUCUAGGAUGGGUUCUUCCGAGGACCUGCCAGGUAGAUCUGCUUCUCCUAUGAGUGGCCGGGCCGUGUAUGAUAAUGACGUGAUGGAUUCUGCGUUUGCGAAGCCGCGAAAGGGAUCGCAGGAUCAGGAGGCGAGCAUGGACGGUCCUGGAGAUUAUAAUAAGAACAGAUAUACCAGCUCCUCGACGAACUCUACGCCCACAACUACCACUCGGUCGUCUACCGCAGCUACCUCGGUUGCAUCUAAUACUAAUUCUGUCUCAAUACCUACCUCUACAUCCACAUCUUCACUUCCGACCGUUGGGUCGGGGUCCAUGGCUUCAAGUAAACCCCGAAGGCCACUGUAUGAGCAGGCUUUGGAUCAACAACUUCAGGAUCAUCAAAAUUCGGCUGCUGGAAGAUUAGAAAGACUCGCUUCUAUCCGAAAAUUGGGCACAACAAGCCCUCCAAUGGCUAGUUAUUCGAAUGGCAACAGUUCUCGAUCUGGACCUCAGUAUACCUCGCCUACUUCUCCUACAUCAAUUCAUAGUAAAAACCAAUGGCCUAGAAAGCGGCCUGAUUCGCCUUUAUCACCCCCCGAAGAGGUAGCACACGAGGAAGAGGAGGAAGAAAAAACAAAGGAAAUUGGACCGAGGAAACAGGAUACUGAAGUAUUGUCGUCGAAUCUUGGAACUUUUAACUUUGGCUUGGGACUGGCUUCUCAGACUCCUAUUAGUCCCCCAGUUUCCGCGAAUAUUGUAGAGUUCCCUAUCCAAAGCCCGUUCAGCCCUGGAGAUCUGCCUGGAGAGCAAAUGAGACAAGGGAGCCCGGAGAGAGUUGUUAGUCCUCCGCCCCAAGAGGAGAGGAUUCCUUUGGAUAGUCAGAGGGGCCGGAGGUUAAGUAGGGACGAGGACAGAACUGAAUCCCGGGCUUUCCUGUCUAUGCGAAGCAGCUCCACUGGGUGGCGACCAUGA